GAAUAUAUAGCGUGGUUCCAGACAGAGGAACACAAAGCGAAUCCACAGAGCGACAGCACCGGAACAAACAGAGCACAAUACCGCCAGCAAAGCAAAGCGAAGCGACGCAGCUGCACUGCAAUAUACUUCAUAACGACACACAGCGCCACAUCAGGAAACGCUGACGUUGAUCGGUGAUCUGUUGAGAAACAAAACCCCCCUCGUUGAUUUUUGCCGUACACUUUGGAGCACGUGAUGGAAGGUCACGGGGUCCUGGACUCGGUCAGCUAUCGGGAAUCGGGCCAGCUGAUACGGGGACACUAUGCCGUGCCCCACUCGAUCUGCGACGUGUAUAACAAGUACUGGGUGCUGAAAGGGCUGGACCGGUAUUACCCAGAGCUGUCAGCCAUGAUGCUGCAGCCUCUCGACAUCUCACAGCAAGUGACUCUCCUCAUCUCCACCUACAUACCGCGGAGCAACCCCGGAUCGGGGCAGCUCAUGGUUCUGGGCAUCAUGGACACUAACUACUUCCUGUCCUGCAGCGGCCCGCCCAACUCACCCGUCCUGAACCUGGAGACAGUAGUGAAUCCGGCUGAGAGUUUGAAUACGAUCAGCACGAGCAGCGACGCGGCCCGGUUCCUGUUUUACAAGCGAGACAGCGGCAUAACCUCCGCUUUCGAGUCGGCUCGGUUCCCCGGCUGGUUUAUCAGCAACCACAGAUAUAAUGACAUUUCAACAGCGGCCAUGUGUAACGGAAGAAAGGACCCAAGCCGCGUCACCGAGUUCAAUCUCUCACGCAUAAGGAAAUCUGUGAUGAAACCAGACGCCCCCCCUGUUUAGAUUGUGCUCCUAGAUCUCCUGAUCCGCCCCUCCUGCUCUGCACUGGACUCUCCUGACCUCAGCACCACGUUACUGGAUCCUCAGCUGAUGCAUUAUCCUUGCACUAUUGCACUGCUAACAUGUCACUGUAGAUAUAACUUGCUGUGAUCCUAACUGGCUGCAUCCUAGUUCAUAUUGUAUUCUAGUAGUAUUAUUAUUAUUAUCUGCACUGACUGUAAACUACACUGUGUUUAAAUAUGAAGCUUGCAUUGUAACCCUGUGCUGCCCUGGAACACCUGUGAGUCGCCUUGGAUAAAGGCGUCUGACUAAUAAAUACAUACAUACAUACAUAAAUAAAUAAAUAAAUAAAUAAAUAAAUAAAUCAAUCAAAA